UCUGAUCCUACUUUCCAACAUUAGGGAUUCUUCAACCUCCUCCUUUAUCUAUUUUUUUGCUUCGGAUGAUAGUCAAAACCAAGCAUCAUUAACCUGGGGGUAAAAGUCAAUUCGAUCAGAACCUGAAACAACACCUGACCUGACCUGAUUUGGAGAAAUUCUCUCAAAUUUGGGGAAGGUUCAGGGGACGAAGAACAACAAUGGUUUUCAUGAUCUUCCCUUAAGUUUAGAUUUUGGGGAAGAGUUUUGAGAGAGAUAAGGAUUUGGUGCAACUCCAUCGAAAAAAGGUGCAAGAAUAUUGAUACAAUUAGAGAACUCGCCUUCAAUGGAGCUCCACUUCCUUAAGUCCCCAAUCUCUCUCAUUAUACCUAUACUCUUCACCGCCUUCAUCCUCGGUUGCUUCCCCACCGUCCGAUCCGAGCAGGAAGAUAGUUUCAUCAAACUGCCCUCGGAGUCUCAACCAGCUGAUGUAUGUCCCGCCCAGACUACGUCACUGGUUCACGCCCUCUCGUGUCCGGUCAAUUGCUUUCGACCGGACCCGGUAUGCGGCGUGAACGGUGUGACAUACUGGUGUGGCUGCCAGGAGGCACAAUGUGCAGGGGUUAAAGUGGCCAAGUUGGGAUUUUGCGAGGUGGGAAAUGGGGGUGCGGCUCCUCUAUCUGCGCAGGCCUUGCUUUUGGUUCACAUUGUGUGGCUUAUCGUCCUCGGAUUCUCAGUUUUGUUUGGACUUUUCUAAUUCAUUCAUCUGGUUUUGUUGGUUCAGAUUACAGGUUUUGUCCAUCUAGCUUUUGCACGAAGGAUGAAUCACAGCUCUGUAUUUUUCCUUUUUUGUUGCUUUUUGGGUUAUAUGAUAUGGUAACCCUCUCUUGCCGCACCAUUGUAAUAACUUAUGCAAGAAAGAUAUCAAAAGGUUAUAUUUGGUUGAAGUCGUAGGAGGAACCUUUCUUCAUUUCAAUAGUUAGGUACAUUCCUUGUACAUUCACCAUACAUUAUUAAGAAGUUUGAGAUUGGAUGCUUAAAAA